CAUACCUUACGCCUCGACCCUUCUCAACCCUUAUAUUUUCUUAUUUCUUCUGGAAUCUCGAAUUCUCUCGCCAUAUACCAUUGUCUCCGAAACCGCAAACAUGAGCGAACUUUCUUUCGCCGAAUCGUUCCUCACGACCCUCUCAAACCGCCCCUCCAAGAUCUCGCCAACACAUGCUGAAGACCCCAAGUCCUACCCACCCCGCGGCGCUUACAUCCUCCCGAAACUCCCCAAGACCCUCCCCAAACGCAGGAAGCUCGCCCCAGGUACCCAGCGCACAUUAACAAUCACCUUACGCUCUGCGCGCAACCCUCCAAUCGAAGUCGCCCUCAAGCAGCAGUCACCCCUUCUCUCAGUGCUUGACCUGAAAGCCGAAGUAUCCGCGCAGGCAAAUAUACCGGUAGAUAAAAUCAAAAUUUUGCACCGGCGGAAGCCUGUUGGCGACGCCAAGGUCGUGGAGGAGCUGGUUGGCGAGGAGGAUACCGAGAUUGAGUUCGGGAUUAUGGUUAUUGGAGGCGCGGCAAGUGUGGGAACAGGGACGCGUGGAAAAUCGGAAGAGCAGUUGCCUAGUGCGGCGGUUGGGGAGAGUGGAAGGGAGGUAUUUGGGACGGAGGCUUUCUGGGCGGACUUGAGGGGUUUCCUGGCACAGAGGGUAAAAGACGCUGGAGAGGGAGAAAGGGCAGCCGCGCUGUUUCGAGAGGCUUGGGAGGCGAGGGGUGGUGCAUCAUAGGCAUAAAAAAACAUCGUCUAGAUCAAGUGUUCAAAGAAUACGUAUGACUACUAAGAUCAAGUCAUAUACACCAUG